CUAAUUAACCUUGGGGAACCUGCCUUCUCAGAUGUGAUUUCACAGUGUCGAAUUCUUGUGGCUGUAUAUGGAAAGAACAUUCAGCUGAAAUUAUUUCUUAUUUUCUAUAACAGCAGAUAAUUACAUGCCCCAUUGUAACACAUUGUUGACUGUGAUUCAUGGAGAAGAAGAACAAUGUGUCAGAAUUCAUCUUUUUAGGACUCACCCAGGACCAGGACUUACUAAGAAUCUGCUUUGGGAUCUUUUCGAUCUUCUUCAUUGCCAUUCUGUUGGGGAAUCUCCUCAUCGUUGUCACCAUCAAGAGCAGCCCCCGACUGAGCUCUCCCAUGUACUUUUUUCUCAGUUAUCUCUCCUUUGUAGAUAUGUGCUACUCCUCUGUCACAGCUCCAAAAUUGAUAGCAGACUUCCUUGUCAAAAAGAAAACCGUAUCUUAUGUUGAAUGCAUGACACAGCUCUUUGGUGUCCAUUUUUUUGGCUGCACUGAAAUAUUCCUUCUCACAGUGAUGGCAUAUGAUCGGUACAUUGUCAUCUCCAAACCCCUCCAUUACACAACCAUUAUCAGCAAGAGUAUAUGUAGGUGGAUGGUUGGCCUGUCAUGGCUUGGAGGCUUUGUGCAUUCCAUGGUUCAGACUCUCCUGACUGUGCAUCUUCCCUUCUGUGGUCCCAAUGAGAUAGACCACUAUUUCUGUGACGUCCACCCUUUACUGAAAUUGGCCUGUACCAAUACAUACAUUGUUGGACUCAUUGUCAUUGCCAACAGUGGCAUGAUUUCUCUGAGUUGCUUUCUGGUGUUGACUGUGCCUUACAUUGUGAUCUUAGUCACACUGAGGACUCGUUCAUCCGAGGGACGCCUGAAAGCUCUCUCCACCUGUGCCUCCCACAUUAUGGCAGUGAUCCUGUUUUUUGGGCCAUGCAUCUUCAUCUACUUGAGGCCUUCCAUCACCUUCUCAGAAGACAAGAGUGUGUCUGUGUUCUACACCAUUAUCACUCCCAUGCUCAACCCUUUAAUUUACACUCUGAGGAAUGAAGAAGUGAAGAAUGCCAUGAGAAAGUUAUGGAGCAGAAAGAAACUUUGGAGUGAAAAAUGA